GCCGGGCAAGAUGGCGGCGAUACAGACGGGGUGUUAUUGGCAGUGGACAUAGAGAAGCGUCCUAUUCAGAAUAUAGACCAGUCACACAUUCGAGUUUUUUUUUUAUCGGUUUCAUGUUUUGACACCAGGCGGCCGUCGACGCGCUUUUGUUUUUGUCGCAUUUAUACUUUUGUUCUCUCAAAAAAUGUUGACGUUUUAGCCGAGUAGCUAACACACCAGCUGGCUAACGGAGAGCUAGCAAGCUAUCUAUCACAGCCGAGCCGCCGUGGGUGAAGAAUGGGAGAAAAGCUGGAGCUGAAGCUCAAGUCGCCGGUCGGAGCAGAACCUGCUGGUUAUCCUUGGCCGUUACCAGUUUACGACAAACACCAUGAUGCUGCUCAUGAAAUUAUCGAGACAAUACGGUGGGUUUGUGAAGAGAUUCCAGACCUCAAGCUGGCAAUGGAGAACUAUGUACUCAUCGACUAUGACACGAAGAGUUUUGAGAGUAUGCAAAGAUUGUGUGACAAGUACAACAGAGCCAUCGACAGCAUUCACCAACUGUGGAAGGGGACCACCCAGCCGAUGAAGCUUAACAAGCGGCCCUCCAAUGGUCUACUGAGACACAUAUUGCAGCAAGUCUACAACCACUCCGUGACCGAUCCAGAGAAGCUGAACAACUAUGAGCCCUUCUCCCCUGAAGUGUACGGAGAGACCUCCUUCGAUUUGGUGGCUCAGAUCAUUGAUGAGAUGGAGAUGAUGGAGGAUGACACUUUUGUUGACCUUGGCAGUGGAGUGGGCCAGGUUGUCCUUCAGGUUGCAGCAGCGACAAACUGUAAACAUUACUAUGGUGUCGAGAAAGCUGAUACUCCAGCUACAUAUGCAGAGUCUAUGGAUAAAGAGUUUAAGAAGUGGAUGAAGUGGUAUGGAAAGAAGCACGGGGAGUACACACUGGAGAGGGGGGAUUUUCUGUCAGAAGAAUGGAAAGAUAGGAUCGCCAACACAAGUAUUAUUUUUGUGAACAACUUUGCCUUUGGACCAGAAGUUGAUCAUCAGCUAAAGGAGCGUUUUGCCAACAUGAAGGAAGGUGGGAAAAUUGUGUCCUCCAAGCCCUUUGCACCUUUAAACUUUAGAAUAAACAGCCGAAACUUGAGUGAUAUUGGCACAAUAAUGCGUGUGGUGGAGCUUUCUCCAUUGAGGGGCUCUGUGUCCUGGACUGGGAAACCAGUGUCUUAUUACCUGCAUACUAUUGACCGUACCAUACUUGAAAAUUACUUUGCUAGUCUUAAAAAUCCUAAACUCAGGGAAGAGCCAGAGGCAGCUAGACGGCGUUCACAGAAAGACUCAAAGGAGAGUAAAAGCAAUAGCACCACACCUACUAAACCUAAGGAUCAAAACAAGCAGCAAGACUCAUGUGAGGAUGAGGAGGAGGAGGAGGAGCAGUCCAACUUGGUUUCAGUGGUCAAACCACCUGCCAAGCCUAGGCGUGCAAAGCUUUUGUCCAAAGGUCGCAAGUUAAACAACAAGAGGAGAGGUCGGCCGAAGAAAGCAGCCCCAGCAUCUGAGAAGAAAAAUAAGAAGAAUCAGAGUGCUUUGGAUCUUCUCCAUGCCAAGACUCUAUCUGCUGCCCCGCCUCAGGAUGCAUACAUGCAGCCACGGAGUCCCUUUUAUCAACUACCUCCCAAGGUUCAGCACUACCCCACGAAUCACCUGCUGCUGAGCCCAACUCCGCCUGGUUUGCAACAACUGCUCGAUAACAUCAAAGUUCAGUACCUUCAGUUCAUGGCUUACAUGAAGACGCCUCAGUACCGCACCAACCUGCAGCAGCUUUUGGAGCAGGAGAAGCAAAAACACAAGGACUUGUCAGGACAGGCAGAGCAACUUCAUUCAGUCUGCCAGAUUCACAAGGACAGAAUCAAAAGUCUCGUGCAGACCAAACUCGAUGAGUUGGGAGUGAAAGCCUUGACUGUGGAGGACCUGCUCCAGGCGCAAAAGGAAAUAUCCGCCCACAAUCGACAGCUGAAGGAGCAGACCAAGCAGCUUGAAAGAGACAUGGCUUUGCUCAGAGAUCACAGCCUGCUUCUGCUGAAGUCUCGUUGUGAGGAGCUCAAACUAGACUGGGGGUCCCUCUGUCUCGAGACUUUGAUGAAGGAGAAGCAGGCUCUCCGAAAGCAGAUCUCUGAGAAACAGAAACACUGCCUGGAGUUGCAGAUCAGCAUUGUAGAGCUGGAGAAAAGUCAGCGGCAGCAAGAACUUAUGCAACUGAAAUCCUACAGUCCUGGCCAUGGAUCCCCAUUCAGGAAGAGCCUAGAAACACGCUCUUCCACAGACAUGGACUCAUCAAAAUUUGGUAUAGCUUCCGUGCCGGCUAUCAAUGGUGUUAGCCCUGAGCUGCCCAUGAAUGGCACAGGGUCGCCCUGCUUUGACCGAGCUAAUGCCAAGACUGAGCAUAUGUCCCGCUAUCUUCCAAUCUCUCCUGACCAUGAGAUUGUACCAACGUCUGGAGAUGCUCGACAGAGGCAGCAAAACUCCUCCCAUGCUCUUCCUGAUUACACUCGCUUCUCUCCUGCCAAAAUUGCCUUACGAAGGCAUCUCAAUCAGGACCCCUCUGCGUCUGUCCACUUCAGAGGUCCCAGCCUAACAACGCAUCGGGGGGAUGUGGGCGGAAUUAAUUCUCCCCACGGAACAAAGCUGAGCUGCUCUUCUCCGAAUGCUUCAGAUGUCCAGAUUACAACCAAAGGUUCUGAGCGGACUGUAAAGGAAAAGAAUGUGUCAGGGCAGGGCGACAGCAGCAUCACAAGCCUUCCUAUAAGUAUUCCUCUCAGUACAGUUCAUCCAAGCAAACUGCCAGUUAGCAUUCCACUGGCCAGCGUGGUUCUGCCCAGUCGAGCUGAGAGGCUGAGGAGUACUCCAAGUCCUGGGUCUCAGGCUGGACAUACCAACGGAUAUUCAUCAGGUUCGGGGUUGAUGAAUGGUGGUCUGUACUCGGAUGAUCACAAUGGUGCUUCUUCACCUCCUCCUCCACACAAUAAUGCUUCGCUGACUGCACCAACUGGGAGGAGUGGUUCUCUUCAGAGCCCCCCAAUCAACACUGGUGGGGUGCUCCAUUAUGCAGAUGGGCCCCCAAGGAUUCUUCCAGAAGAUGAACAUGAACGCCUCGGUGCUGAUUCUGAUGCCGAACCGCAGGACAGUGAACUCCACAGGAAAAUGUUCUUCUCUUCUUCCUCCUCGUCCUCCUCCUCUUCCUCAUCAUCAGGCAGUGGAGGCAGCAUGGCCGGAAGUUUGCGCCUCCAUCACCACGCCAGCAACUCUGCUAAGCAGGGAUACCACAGUAACCAUGGAAACCACACCCACCAGUCCACCAACUUGCAGCACACAGUAACGCACCUUCCGUCAUCACACGGCGGUCACAGCAUUACCCCUCAGGAAGGUCGUAAACGCGGGCGGAGGAAGCGCAGCUCUUUAGGGACAGUCACUGCCAGCUUGUCCCCAAAGAGGAGGUCAUUUCCUGGACUAGGAUCCAACAACCAUUCGUCCGGAUCCCCACUGAACAUCAACACCAUGGUCAAUAACAUCAACCAGCCCCUGGAGAUCUCUGCCAUUUCGUCCCCGGAACAGUCAAACCGCAGCCCUUGUGGUCCUGAUCUGGACCAGCCUCCUAUUUUAAAGAGAGAGCGCCCCCUGGAUCUGAACGGGACAGGUCGAUAUCCCUCAGCCACCAGCUCAGAUGAUGAGGACUCAGGGUAUCCUGCUGACAGCUCAAGUUCAAGAAUUGAAAGAAAAAUUGCCACAAUAUCUUUGGAGAGUAGAGAUGGACCUGGGAGACUUGGAGAUGCUGACAGAGGACGCAAAUCCAGCAGCAGCAGCGGUAACAGCACAGGCAGUGAGACGUCCUCUUCAUCUUCAAGUAAAUGGAAAUCCACUUUCUCACCCAUUUCGGACCCCAAGCAGCCAAAUUCUGAUCCACGCCAGGGAGGCUCUCCUUUCGGUGUCGGUGGGUCGAGUAGGGGUACCGACUCGGAUUCAGAUUAUAAACAACACCACCAUCAACAAGUGAGGAAGGUUUGUGAUGGAGAGUCACCCGGCUAUUUCAGCAGUGGUGCAGGAGGCCAGGUUGGUGGUGGGUCAGAUCAACGCCUGACUCUUCAGAAGCAGAAGGGAUCACGUGACUGGGAGCUGAAGGCCAGCAGCGGCUCGUCCAGCCAGAACUUGUUCAUCUCUGCGGCUGCUAGCAGUGGAGGCGGGAUUCUGAGCGGCAAGGUUGGGGGAAGUCCUGUAGCCGUUUCCUCCACGAGUGGAUCAUCUGUUGGGCAGUACCUGGGGUCUCAGUUCCCGCUUGGCGGGACCUCAGUUCUCCAGUCUUUGUUCGGGGCGCAGACAGGGAACUCCACAGUGGGCGGAUCCACAAGACUCGUCAAUGGACACUCGGUUCUGGGAAGCUUCUCCAGUGCUGGGCUGGCUGGAGGAGCAGCUGGAGGAAAGUUUCACCACGCGAUCCCCUCAGUGUCCACCCAUCAGUUUGGGGCGUCAUUGCCCACAUCCGGAAGCCUCGGUUCUCUGCUCAGUCUCUCCUCCUCUACUUGCCCCCAAACCCACCAACACCAAACGUCACAGCCUGCUUCCACACGCCUCACCUCUGUGUCCUCAUCCCUGCACUCCUCUCUGUCACAGAGCCAGAAUAGUCGCACCCAGUCGGUUCUGCACAGCCCCUCUCCACCCACACUCUCCUUGCCACCUCCCCCGCCCCUCAACACUGCCCUACCCUCGUCCGCAACAACCCACAGUGACCUUCUAUCUUCUCGCCUGUCCCACUCCUCCCUCCAUCACCAGAGGACGCAGUCAUCCAUUUCCUCCUCUUCAUCCAUCUCUAAUGCUCCCAUCUCUGCCGCUUCCACCACCACCUCCUCCUCGUCUCGCUCUUUUGCUGUGCACUACUCCCCUCGCUUACCCCCUCCGCCGUCAGCCAGCAACUCUAAUGGUGGGGGAAGCACCUGGAGGACUCAAGGUGUGCACAGUACCAGCUCACACCUUCCUGGUUCCAGACCCAGAUGAUGUUUGGGGGUGUGGGGCGGGGCUGGGUGGGAGAGACAUAAGAUAACCACCCAUGGAAGUGUGGAGGGAGCGAGAGAGUCAAGGUAAUUGAAGUCUACCUCAAGAAAAAAACUAUGCAAAUGUCCAGAUGUGGAUCACGGAACCCUCUUUACCUACUGGUGCUUCAAACUUCUGCACUACUCAACAGCCUCCAAGACCGCCUCCUGUACUGGAAUCUCUUUCUCUCACACGCACACACACCCACACACAUACACACAAAUGGCCGCUUUGUACAGUUCUCUGCUAUAGUUUUCUGUCCAGGGGCGACAGUCCAAUCCUUCUGGUGACUUGGGAAAUGGCAUCAAAUAAAUAAAAAAAAUGAAUUCAUUAGUUUAAUGACUUACAGUAAUUCAUCUAAGGUAUUGCCGUUACAAAUUCAUGCAUCCCAGUUAAAUGUCAGGGUUUCCACGAGUCCGACUCGUCUGGAGCCCCUCUGCAUCUCAGUAUCAACAGGAGGCAGCAGGUCACCAGACCUUUGUAGCAUCAUCCAAGUCGAGUGGUGCACCUACUGUACUGCGACAUUUCUGCUCCAGUGCUGCAGCUGCAUGUGGCUUCCCCCAAGUUUAUUCACUUGUUACAAGUGCCGCACACACACUCACACUUGAUAGUCCACCGGAGAACGCUUGCCUGCAUUUUCAUAUCCGGCUUUCCAAUGAGGGACGUUUUAUCAACCAGGUCACCAGAAUAAAUCUGUUGUUCAUCACAGAGGUGCUAUGAUGGUUUUAUGCUGAGUGUGCGUUUUCCUAGCAACAGCUUUCUUUCUUAAUGAAGUGAAACUGUUAAACAUGAGGCGCCACCUUUUCUAACACAAGCACGUUUUUGUUUGUAACUGAUGUUUUGAACUUGGCUCACACUGAACACAUGACGUUCCUGUCCCUUUCAUCAAAUGUUUUUGGGUUUUUUUUGUAGUUGAUUUUUUUGGUAUUUGAACCCAUCAAAGUAACUGGGGACAUGAUCUGGAUGUAAUUCUGCAAAUCCUGGCAGCUCAGCCUCUCUGGUUUUCUUCAUCACAUUCAGUCUAGUGAUAAUAGUAUUUUUUUUAUUCUGUAAACUGACAAAUUUUAAAUGUGGCCUUUUUAGUAAGCUAAGUAACAGCUGCGUAAAAGGUGCUGAAGAAUAUAUGGGAGCCAAGCAUCUAUGAAUUUAUUCAGAUCUCCAACAAGAAAUGUAAUUCCACCGAUGAGUUUUAAGAUAAAGCUAAAUAUUGGGUAUUUAUUUUAGUGUUGAGCUGCUUGGAGUUGCAACUGCUCAUACACACACACACACACACGAACACGAGCGUCACACACACUGGGAAGACUAACCAUGACCACAGCAAAACUACUGGACACUUUUUGUUUGCUCUCUUUGUGUUAUUUGUUUCAAUGUUUGUACUGUGAAUGUGAUCCAUGCUCUCAACUGUACAGGUGUGUAUAAAUUAGAAUAUUAUAUUUAUUCUGUUCAGUUUCUUUUCCUUCUCCCUCCAAUACUAUAGUGUGCUAUGUUUGGAGACGACAACGUGUGAAUGACUCACUGUCUGAAAAAUAAUGGUGCUAAAUUUGGACUGUUUUAUUUAUUCUGUAGUACACAAUCAGAAACAGGUGCUCAGUGCUGUUGAGGGAGACGUUUGAACUGUCCUUCGACUGUCGGUAAACGCGCUGCCGUAUGCAAGCGCAUAUAUAUGUAGGCGUUCUUAAAGUUCUCUGCUGCAGCUUCAGGCUCAGAGUCACGACUCCAGGUAAACAACUGUCACGUAGAAACAUCAGUGUCACCUUGUGAGUUGUGUACCUGGACUGUUUUUUUUUCUAUAUAUAUAUAUAUAUCAGCACACACUGUUUUUAUUUUUUGUACAAAAGUGUCUGUGAGCCCCCUCACUUCCAACAGAACGGAAAAGUUAAAUAUGUAUCUAUAUAAAGCUUAUAUAUUUGUGGAUAGAUGUUUAUGUGUCGAGGGGUGUAUUCGGUGCUCUGUGUGACCAACAAGCUAAGUUAGACCAGAGUGAAGAAACAGCCACCACAGGACCUUAAACAGAUGGUGCCAAAAAUCACAAUGGCCCGGCAGCAUCUGCUUCAUGUAAGCCCAAGUGAUGGAGUCCAGUGCUGUGUGCAACAAUAACCCUCCUCUACACCUGACGUUUGAGUGCAUCUCUUGUGAGCCGAGCAUUUGACCAGCCGUUGUGCAGUCUUCCUGCGCGGCACUGGGUCAAUCCUCUCAGUGAGAGAUGACCUCGGGAAUAAAUGUGAAGAUGCUGCAGAGAUGUCUGACUAAAUCCAGUAAAAUGUAUCUGACAUUAUUUCGGCUCAGGUUCAGUAGUGUUUCCUUGGAAUGUGUUCUCAUGUCAGGUGUGGUGGAGGGUCCAAGGUGCUGUCGCAGUGACACCUACAGGUGAUCUCUUGGUGACCAAAAGUUCAGGUCUUCAAUUUCAACCGUCACAGAUCCGGCAGGAAGUGAAAUGGUGCUUCUUUCUCGAACCAUUGCGUUGUUCUGGUGUAACUACAGGCUAAAGUAGUUGCUGACUUCUUGAUAGCAAGAUGAUGUCACCAUGUUCUCAGUCUCUUGACGUGCUUUUCACGACUAAACUAGGCUUCACUGACUGCCUGGACGUCGUCUGUAGACGUCGCAGACGGUUCUCUUUUGUAAUUAGCUUUGCGCUUCCGUUUUUCCGCUUUAAAUUAUUUUUACUCUUGGUGUUUGAUACUUCCACUCUACAGAUUCCUUCGGUUUUUAAUACAACCUGUCACGGUGCUUUCCUUCACUUAAAACAAGGAAGCUGCAGCUAUUUGAUGCCCAAUAACAUGUGCUGCGAGAUCUUCGACACAUCUGUUUGGAAGGUCGGACUGUCCAGAGAGGUGGAGAGGCGUGAGCGACUGGAUGAAAAUCACAACAUCAUCGGGGUUGUAGUAUUUGUGAAGUCAAAGUGACAAGGAUAUUCUGGUCCUUUGGCGUUGAUGCUUCGCUGCAUUUCUUAGUGAACUUUUGCUGCAGAGGCUGUUUACCUUUAGUCCUGCCAAAGGUCUUAACUCAGGAACUUCACACAAAAUGCUGAUUAUUUUUUUAAACUGGCAUGACUUCAAGAGGGUUUUGUUGCCAGCUGGUGGCACUGUGCAGCCACUCUGGAAUCUACUCAGGACCUCCACAAUCCUCAGCAGGUUUAUGUAAAGAGUGAGUCACCGUCAAAUGAGUUCCUCUCCUCACCCGUCUCCAUCGUCUCUAGAUAGCUCCGGCUUUGAAAAGCUUUAUACAAACAGAUCUUCAGGAGCUUGUGGCAUCUUUCUCAGCUCUCUAAUGUGAUUCCAAAAAAAAAAACAAAAAAAACAAGCGUGUUCAUGUCCGAGGGGCUCAGUGGGGGGGGAGAAACUGGAGCAGGUUUGAAGUGCAAUAACCGCAAACCUACUUUCCACCGUGCUCAGAGGUUUCCUCCUUUCACUGACGUGUUGUUUAUUGUUGGUGCUUUUCAUCUAAGAUGUUUUUGGAAAAUGGAAUUAAGUUUUUUUCCCUGCAUUUUAUGGUCAAUAAAAUGUUUCAUAUGGUAUCCUUUUUGUUGUUUUCUAUUUUUCCAUUUGUGUGGAGGAGGCGGAGCUCUUCAUCAAAUUCAGUGCUCGUUUGACUCCUAAAGAAAAUGCCUGUGUGUGUGUGUGUGUGUGUGUGUGCGCGCGUGUGCGCAUUCCUGUUACAGGGUCAAUCAGAAGCUCCAUAUUUUGAUAUCGUCCUUAAGCUGAGCUGUAAUGUAAAAAAUGUUUUUGAAACUGAAUAUUCCCAACAUUGCAGGGAUGAUACACAAGUCAUGUUCAACGACAUGGCCCGGAUAUUAGUCUUGAAGAGCAGACUGGUACUUCUCAUUCAGCACCAGGAUUUGUGCGUAUGUUGUCCACAACAUCAGGCCAUGAGAGGGGCACGGUGCCAACCACCGCUGCUCUCACAGCUGCAGUCUUGUUUUGAAGGCA